CGGGAGCAGGUGCGCUGCCGCCGUCUGUCCGUGCCGGCCCCAGGCUCACCCUCCCUCUCCCCGCAGUUCCUGUGCCUGAAGAACAUCCGCACCUUCCUCAAGGUCUGCCACGACAAGUUCGGGCUGAGGAACAGCGAGCUGUUUGACCCCUUCGACCUCUUCGAUGUCCGAGACUUCGGGAAGGUCAUCUCCGCCGUGUCCAGACUGUCCCUGCACAAUGUGGCCCAGAACAAAGGGAUCAGGCCCUUCCCCUCGGAGGAGACGGCGGAGAACGACGAUGACGUGUACCGCAGCCUGGAGGAGCUGGCAGACGAGCACGACGUGGGGGAGGACAUCUAUGACUGUGUCCCCUGCGAGGACGAGGGUGACGACAUCUACGAGGACAUCAUCAAGGUGGAGGUGCAGCAGCCCAUGAUCAGGUACAUGCAGAAAAUGGGCAUGACGGAGGAUGACAAGCGGACAUGCUGCCUGAUGGAGAUCCAGGAGACCGAGGCCAAGUACUACCGCACGCUGGAGGACAUUGAGAAGAACUACAUGGGCCCCCUGAGGCUGGUGCUGAGCCCCGCGGACAUGGCGGCCGUCUUCAUCAACCUGGAGGACCUGAUCAGGGUGCACCACAGCUUCCUGAGGGCCAUCGACGUGGCCAUGAUGGCGGGCGGCGGCACGCUGGCCAAGGUCUUCCUGGAGUUCAAGGAGAGGCUCCUGAUCUACGGGGAGUACUGCAGCCGCAUGGAGCACGCUCAGAACACGCUGAACCAGCUCCUCGCCAGCCGGGAGGACUUCAGGCUGAAAGUGGAGGAAUGCACGCUGAAGGUCCAGGACGGGAAGUUCAAGCUGCAGGACCUGCUGGUGGUGCCCAUGCAGCGGGUGCUCAAGUACCACCUGCUCCUGAAGGAACUUCUGAGCCAUUCCACCGACCGGCCCGAGAGGCAGCAGCUGAAAGAAGCACUGGAAGCCAUGCAGGACUUGGCCAUGUACAUAAAUGAAGUGAAACGGGACAAAGAGACCCUGAAGAAAAUCAGCGAGUUUCAGAGUUCCAUAGAAAACUUGCAAGUCAAACUGGAGGAGUUCGGGCGGCCCAAGAUCGACGGGGAGCUGAAGGUGCGGUCGAUCGUCAACCACACCAAGCAGGACAGGUACCUGUUCCUGUUCGACAAGGUGGUCAUCGUGUGCAAGCGGCGGGGCUACAGCUACGAGCUGAAGGAGAUCAUUGAGCUGCUCUUCCACAAGAUGACCGACGACCCCAUGAACAACCGGGACGUCAAGAAGUCUCAUGGGAAAAUGUGGUCCUAUGGCUUCUACCUGAUCCACCUGCAAGGCAAGCAGGGCUUCCAGUUCUUCUGCAAGACGGAGGACACGAAGCGGAAAUGGAUGGAGCAGUUUGAGAUGGCCAUGUCGAACAUCAAGCCAGACAAAGCCAACGCCAACCACCACAGCUUCCAGAUGUACACCUUCGACAAGACCACCAGCUGCAAGGCCUGCCGGAUGUUCCUCCGGGGCACCUUCUACCAGGGCUACCUGUGCACCAAGUGUGGGGUCGGGGCCCACAAGGAGUGCCUGGAGGUGACGCCGCCCUGCAAGAUCAGUUCGCCUGCUGACCUGGACGCCUCUGGAGCGGGACCAGGUCCCAAGAUGGUGGCCGUGCAGAAUUACCACGGCAACCCCGCUCCCCCCGGAAAGCCGGUGCUGACCUUCCAGACGGGCGACGUGAUUGAGCUGCUGAGAGGGGACCCUGAGUCUCCCUGGUGGGAGGGGCGGCUGGUGCAGACCAGGAAGUCCGGCUGCUUCCCCAGCGCGUCCGUGAAGCCCUGCCCCGUGGACGGACGGCCCCCCAUCGGCCGGCUGCCGUCCCGGGAGAUCGACUACAGUGCUUACCCCUGGUUCGCGGGCAACAUGGAGCGGCAGCAGACGGACAACCUGCUCAAGUCCCACGCCAGCGGCACCUACCUGGUCCGGGAGCGGCCGGCCGAGGCCGAGCGCUUUGCCAUCAGCAUCAAGUUCAACGACGAGGUGAAGCACAUCAAGGUGGUGGAGAAGGACAGCUGGAUCCACAUCACGGAAGCCAAGAAGUUUGAAAGCCUCCUGGAGCUGGUGGAGUACUACCAGAGCCACUCUCUCAAGGAGAGCUUCAAGCAGCUGGACACCACGCUCAAGUACCCCUACAAGUCCCGGGAGCGCGCCGCCUCCAGGACCUCCAGCCGGUCCCCAGCUUCCUGCGCCUCCUACAGCUUCUCUUUCCUCAGUCCCCAGGGCCUCGGCCUGGCUUCUCAGGGCUCCUCCGCUCCCUUCUGGUCAGUGUUCACGCCCCGCGUCAUCGGCACGGCCGUGGCCCGGUACAACUUCGCGGCCCGGGACAUGCGGGAGCUCUCGCUGCGGGAAGGCGACGUGGUGAAGAUCUACAGCCGCAUCGGCGGCGACCAGGGCUGGUGGCGGGGCGAGACCAACGGCCGGAUCGGCUGGUUUCCUUCGACCUACGUGGAAGAGGAGGGCAUCCAGUGACCGGCCGCAGGCGGGACUCAGGGACUGUCUGGGCACCGUGUCCAGUCCUGCACCCGGACGGGGAAAUGCCUGCUGACCUUCUGUCUCCCAUGGCCGCGGGGACGGGGAGGGUGCUGAGCCCUGCCCGCCUGCCCGUCAGUCUGCCCGGUGGCCUGUGCUGGGCUCGCCGCUUGUACAUAGGGGAACCGGGCGGCCGGCGUGGCUGCCCGCCGGAGGCCAGGAGGGGGCGCCGCGCCUGCGUGAGUCCUCUAGGCCGUUCCGUCCCAGACUGCGGGCGGCACUCAGAAGCCCGGAGGGGGCGGGUGCCGGCCCGGGCGGGAGUGGCCUCCCCACGUUGCUCAGCCUGGACUCAGCCCGCCUGCUUCGUGCUGCUCCCGGGGCGACGCGUAGGAGAGGGCACCGAAGGGCCCGGCCGCCCCCUGACCUCCCGUGCCCUCUGCCCGGGCACCUCUCUCAGGAAGGUGCCCUGGGAGCGAGGGGGCUGCCCGCCCCCUGGUCGAUGGUACUGUCCUUGCCCGAACCCGAACCCGAACCCGAACCCGAGGCUGUCUGUCCUGCCUGCUGCCAGAGACUGGAACCCGAUGCCGCGGGAAGAACACGGGUCCCUCGCCGUCCCUGCUGCUCACAUUCCUGUCCAGAAGGGGGCGCACGCUCCCUGCGGGGCCCCGGCCUUGGCUCAGGACUGGGCUCUCGCCCUGGCGGGUCUUCCUCUGGGGGCGCCCAGAGCUCGUGAACGGGCCCCAAAGGAAGUGCUUCGCCCUGGGGCGCCCCCUGCCUCCCCGGCCCUGGCCUCUGGCUGCUGGGCCGGACCCUUCUCUGCCCGGAUGUUGCAUGAGACCCCAUGACACGCCCCCCGAGCUCCGUGCCAGGCCCCUCUGUCUGCGGCUGCACCGCGCUGUGGGGGGAGCAGCCCGGCCGGCCCGUCCCCACGCUGCACGGGGCUCGGAGGGCGGCCUGGCGCCUGCAGGCUGGGCUCCCGCCGCCGGAUGGCGGGCGGAGGGUGAGCAGGGGGAGGAGAGCAGCAGCCUCGGGCUGGGCUGGAGGAGUGGGUGAGGGCCGGCGGGGAGCCGGGGAGAAUCCGCCCCUGGGGCGCACCCAGCACUUUGUGCGACCCCGGGCCACGGCCCCGCUGGAGGGAGGGACGCCCUUUCUGUCUACUGCUGUCGGAGGGUUUGUGUUUGUUUCUGUUCGGCUUGUUUGCUUUUUGAGGGAAAAAGAAGUUUGUAAUUAUUUCGUCCAGAGCUCCGUGUGUCUGUGAAAAUAAGGAGGAGGUUU